AAUUUACCUACUACAUACAUAUAUAUUAAAUAUAUAUAAGCAUGUGGCGACGCCUAACGCCAAACCGUUUUACUAUUCCGUGGCGUCAAUGCGUUCAAUAUCAGCGCGUGUUGCAAGACCAAUGUCAUCAUGCUGGAGAUCAUGCGCCUUCUCGAACAAGUGGUGUAAAUCCUAUAGACAUCGAGCGCAUAAUCCUGCAGGAGACAAAAAUUUCGCGUGACCAUUUAACCCCAGAGAUAGCACUUUACCUCAUAACGCCUGAUUGUCGACUUUUCAAUGAACCAGUUCCUUCAAUUGACUCCUCCAUAAUGUUUAAGACUGACCCCUUUUGGGCAUUUUAUUGGCCCGGUGGACAAGCAAUCAGUCGCUUCAUACUCGACAAUCCAUCGUUGAUAACUGGCAAGUCAGUACUAGAUGUGGGCAGUGGCUGUGGUGCAAGUACCGUUGCUGCAUUAAUGCAAAAAGCGAAAUAUGUUGUGGCAAAUGAUAUUGACGAAGUUGCUGGCUACGCUGCUGUACUGAACUCUCAAUUGAAUGGCGUUGACUACACUCGUCUGCAUAUCUGUACGGAGAAUUUAACAGCGGCAGCGCCACAGUCAAUAAAAGAAGACGUAAUUUUGUUGGGAGAUGUAUUCUACGAUGAAGAAUUUGCAGCCGUUUUGCAGCCUUGGUUGAAGAGUCUUCGCAACGCGGGUAAGCAAAUACUCGUUGGUGAUCCAGGUCGACAUGGCUUGACAGAGGACAGACGACGCGAUAUGAGACAUGCAGCUAAAUAUGAAUUAACGGAAAGUGGAUGCAUUGAGAAUAAUGGUUUUAAGUUUGUUAAUGUUUGGGAACUGAAAUAAAAGUGGGAAAGAACUACUCGUAUUAA